UCAGCAACGAAGCCAACGACGACGAAAGCAGUAAACAAAGUUAAAGUGAAAAGUGAAGUGUAAAUAAAGCAAGUACAACAGUAAAAAAGGUGAGGAAAUAUUUAAAAAUCAGUCUUCUAUUUUCCCAAAAAUAUCACUCAGCGAGGAGAACAUGGAAGCUGUAAUGACAGAACCGGAGCAAGCUUGCUGCAGUCACCAACCAACAGCGAUUAAAGCAAAGAAAAAUGCCAAAGAUCAAAAAUUAUUGCAAAAAGCGGUAAAGAAAGCAUACAAAGCACAGAAAUUGCUAAACGAAGCCAUCAGGCGAUUGGAGGCGUCAAGCGAAAAGCAGAAGAAGCAUAAGCAGCCGAAACAUAUUGAAAAUAGUAGCUCUAGUACAAGUUCUGGUACUAGCUCUAGCUCCAGCUCGAGUUCUAGUUCGAGCUCAAGUUCUAGCGACAGUGAUGGCGAAACUUUUAUCGAUUUGACGAACGAAGUGGGCAAACCUGCCAAGCGUCACCAUGGACGUAAACAUCAUCAUGGACGACGUAAUCGACGUGGACGUGAUCGUUCGCGGUCACGUUCGCAUUCCCGCGGACGCUCCCGUGGUCAUUCACGUGGAUGUUCUCGCGGACACUCACGUGGCCCUUCAAGGGGACACUCACGUGGUCAUUUCAAGACACGUGAUCAAGAGUUGCGUCAACUGGCGCAGUUUUUUCGUGGCGCCAGCCUCCAAACAACUCCCCCCAUUCUAGAUGGUCAUCAGCGGCGACCACACCUGCGAUCACAUACUAGAACCGAAGUAGCUGGUAGAGGAAACAGACGAUCUCGCUCUAAUUCACAAGAACGUCACAAUAAAGACGAACAGAAGAAAAAGCAUAAAUAUAAGAAGCGACACAGCGCGAAGCAUCAGCCAAGACAUGGUGGUGCUGGAAGCGAAAUGGAUGCGAAUAUAAGAAACGCGGGCUCUAAUUAUCCAUAUUAUAUGUGUUCACAUCCGCGAGAUCGUUCUUAUUUUCCUGGUAUGCCAGCAAUAAUGGAUCAGCGCGGCAUGAUGAUACCAAUUUAUUAUGACGAAGCGCGCAACCACAGACGGAGAGCACAUAGUGAGCCUCGACGUUAAAGGAAGCAGUGGUGGGGGAGUUGUGAAGAUUUGACUUCUAUAUUUUAUACGCUCACAUAUUUUCUGUAUAUGUAAUCACCUACAUAAAUAUUAUGAAACGACUUCAGAAAACGAACAAAUAAUGCAAACUCAAAA